AUGACUUCUACCAGCGCCCUCCCCCUGACCCUCAAAUCAAUCAGCUCCACCAAACUCGAAGAACUCUCCAAACAACGCGCCUUAUUUAACCAACGCAAAUCCGAGAUCUUGGAAGCCGCCAAUGCAGUUCCUGACAAUGACCUCCGCCGCAAAGUUCAGAUCUUGCUGGAAGGCGUGACCCGUCUGGCUGGAAGGCCCGAGGAUGCGUUUGAUCGGGAAGAUGACGUGGGAAGUUCGUCUUCGCCGUCAUCUCUGGCGGAUCUGUCUUCUCCGGAUUGGAAAAGGAGUAGGGAUGUUAAUAUUCGGCGGUUCUUGUUCCAAAGCCAAUAUGACAGGUCUAUUUCCGAUGAGGUUUUGACGGGUUGGAUUAAGAGUUUGGAGAGUGAUUUUGAGAUGUUGUCGGUCAAGUAUGAGCAUGCUACCUUUUACAGCGAUAUGGUGACUGAGUGGUUAUCAAACUUUGAAGAAAAAGGUUCCACGAACAAGAACCUAGAUGGUAUCGAUGAGGAGGACGAUACGAAGUCAGACAAAUCUGCGUUUGAAAACGUUGGCCGCGCCGCGAUGCACGAACAGCGCACUACCUGGGAACAUUUGGUCUUUUCACCUGCAGAUGUCGACUCUCAAAGUAUUGAAACCUAUCUGGAGCGGCUUUUUACCCGUACAAAGCUUUCUCAACAGGCUCUGAGGGACCUACGAGAACAAGUCAAAACCUUCGGAAUGCAAUUCAGAUCAGAAGCAAAGGAUUCCUUUGAUAUCGAGCUACUCAAAAAUGUUAGUCGGUCACUGUUGGGUAGCGACUUGCUAUCUCCGGAAAAGGUUAUGAUUUUGAAGGAAUUUCUGAGAAACGAUGAGGUUGCGCAAGAAGUCGCCGAUGUGCUGAACCUGCGGUUUGUCGCUCUGGAUCGCUGGAAUUGGUCGACAGAAGGUGUGCCAGUUGAGAUGCGUCGUCAGUUGAAUGGCAAAUACCGUGUCUUUAUGGACGAGGAUCUCAUCGAUGCGCUUCUUUUCCACUAUAUUGGUUUGAAGUGGGCGGUUGAGUUAAGGCAUGUGUUCCUCCAAUUCUUUGAUUCUAGUGCAUGGAAGUCAAAUGCAAAAACUAUACCAAAAGCAUGGGUUGACCGACGACGAUAUUUUACCGGCCAGUCGACCAAAGCUUAUUCUGUCGAUGCCAUCCGUAAAAAAAUGUAUCGCGAAGAUUAUUUCAUGAGUCAACUGCCUGAGUCCCUCCAGGAAGGGAAGCGAGGAUAUGAUGACGAUGGUGACGACGAUGACCAUGCUACUACAGAGCGAAAAUCAGCUAUUGAGACCAAGCAUUCGCUACUUCAUUUGCUCAUAACAGAGUCAAUUAUCCACAAUCGAAUUCGUGGCCAAUUCACUGUCAUACGAUCUGACUUUAAAUGGUUUGGACCUUCGCUUCCCCAUGGUACUCUGCUAGCAGUUUUAAAUUUCUUCGGCGUCCCUCAAGACUGGCUGGAAUUCUUCAAGAAGUUUCUAGAAUGUCCAUUGAAGUUUGUUCACGAUGGCCCACAAGCUGAAAUAAAAACCCGAAAACGAGGCAUUCCUAUCAGCCAUUCUUUGUCGGACGUAUUUGGGGAGGUUAUUCUGUUCUGCAUGGAUUAUGCCGUUAAUCAGCAUGCGGACGGCGCCUUCCUUUACCGCUUGCAUGAUGAUUUUUGGUUCUGGGGAGAAGAGAAAACAUGCCGUAAAGCGUGGAGGGCAAUGACUGAUUUCACUGCGGUGACUGGACUGGAAUUCAACGAGGAAAAGACAGGAACUGCUCGAAUUGGGAGAAUGAUCAAUUCACAAGGCCAGAAACAGCGGCAACGACAUGAAGAGGACUCAUCUUCAAGUGACGAGGACUCCAAGGACGAGGAAGAGGAAGAUUCCGAGUCGGAUGCUGAGCAUUUUAUGGAUGACGCGUUCGAUCCGUUACCUCGAGGUGAUAUUCGGUGGGGAUUCUUGAGGCUUGAUCCGGAGCGAGGUCGGUUUCUCAUCGACCAGGACCAGGUUGAUGCUCAUAUCGAGGAAUUGCGACACCAGCUUUCUGCAUGCAAGAGUAUCUUUGCAUGGGUCCAGGCCUGGAACAGCUAUUUUUCGCGUUUCUUUGCCAACAAUUUUGCAAAGCCCUCGUUUGCUUUUGGCCGAGAGCAUAUCGACAUGGCGGUCAACGCCUUGAGUCGUAUAGAGCGAGAAGUAUUUGCGCACGCAGCCUCAAAGGCUUCCGGAAACAAUGGCGUGGUAGACCAUUUGCGUCGAGUGAUUGCAGAACGCUUCGAUGUCCACGACUUGCCCGAUGGGUUCUUCUACUUUCCUAUCGAAUUCGGCGGUUUGGAGCUGCAUAACCCAUUUAUUAGCCUGCUCGCGAUGAGGGAGAGCAUCACACAAACGCCGCAGAGAAUUCUCGAAAAUGUCUACUUGCAGGAAGAAGUCGACUACGAAGCUGCAAAGAAGAGGUGGCAAGAGGGCGAUCAUGGUUCCACUUUCCACAGCGGCGUCGCCUGGAAGAGAGAUGACGAAGAUGCCCCUGAAAAGUUUUGGUCGCUUGAGGAGUACACAGCACACCUCGAAACUACAAGCAAUGCAUUGAGAGUCGCCUAUGAUAACCUGCUACGCGUUCCCAACGAGGUCCAAGUCGGGAAAAGUGUAGGUCUUGGCAGUGGCCAUCUGCCACCAGCUGAUAAAAACAAGCCCACUCAACGUGGAUCUAAAUGGCGAAAGCAAAAGGAUCGCAUCGGCUCGGAUUGGAAGCAAAUGUCGCCGUAUUGGAAGUGGGUGGCUGAGGUAUAUUCGGCUGGUAUGGUGCAGAGGUAUGGCGGAUUGUCUGCUGUGGAUAGGGCUUUGAUGCCGUUGGGUGUUGUGAAGGUGUUGAGACAGGGCAAGGUUCGGUGGCAGGGCUAA